CAAACUGAAGAGUUUUCAAUUGCUGUUGCUUAUUCAAGCCAAUUAAAUUGUUUUUUUUUAUUACACCAGCAGAAUUUAAUUAAUUAAAUUAAAAUAAUUUGUGCAUAAAAAUUCCAAAGAGCUUCGCAAUUGGCAUAUAUGCAAGUUUUAUACCAAGAGCUAUUCCUCAACGUUUAUUCUUUAAUGAAAUAUGUGAUAUCGGCACUUACGCAGCCCUCUAAUUAUCAAAUUUAAUUAAGCGAUAAUUAAAGUAUCUGUACGAGAUACAGAGAUACAGAAAAAGCAAAGUGAAAUAAGUGAUUAAAGUUUUAAUUGCGUAAAUCCAACACAUAGGCAAAAAUUGAUUUCAACGCGCAGAAAAUGAUGGACGAGCAGCUAAUUGAUGAAGUCGCACAACAUGGUGUUAUUUUCAAUCGUCAAAAGUAUUAUCUUAAUGGUAGUAAUGGCCCCGGUGGCAUGGGGGGGAAGUAUGAGACUAAAGAUGAAGCCUGGCAGACAAUUGCUAUAAAGCUGCGUACAGAUGUGGAAACAUGUAAAAAACGUUGGAAAUAUUUGAGAGAACGUUAUGUUUCACAGCGCAAACAAGGUGAUCCACCCGUAUAUGAACACCUUUCGCGACCCUAUCUCGAAAAAAUGAAAUUCCUAGACCAACAUAUACAACCACGCAAAUCUUAUAGGAAUGUGCCAAAUUUUCUCACAUCACCGCACUCGGUUAAUAGUUCCAAUUAUAGUGAAUUCAAUAUGGAUUCCAAAUCGAAUGGAUCUCUAAAAAAUUUAGGUCAUUUCGGCAGCUCUCAACAUCACUACCAUCAACCGGAUCCUCAACAUGCCAUGAAUGCACUCAGUUCAGCUGCGGUAGCUGCUUCAGGUACAGAGAAUGGUAAUGGACAUGUCAAGAUUGAAGCCGAUCAAAUGUUUCGUGAUUUCGCCGCUGCAGUAGCCUCACAACAGCUGCAGCAAAUAUCACAAACACAGCUACAACACCAACAAGCUGCUGCUGUUGCGGCCGCUAUGGCGGAUUCCUCUCAAAAUUAUAAUGAGCACUAUCGUGAUAGUCAUCACAUGACAAAUGGUAAUGGUGUAACACAUAAUGGCAAUGGUGGUGGCAUGGCUAUAUCGUCAUCGUCGUCAUCAAUGAAAUCACCGUUAUCAUCUCCAUUAGAUGGAGUAAACGGUAACCAGAGUGGUGCUAAUCAUACCAGUGGUACUCAGCAGGCUGCAGCACAUUCCUCAUCAUCUAAUCAUAUGUCUACACAUGCAUUUGGUGAUUCCAAUAAUGAUGAGAUGGACUCAUCUACCAAUUAUCACGAAUCGAAAAAGCCCCGUGUACAGCUAAAUUCAAAUGCCAACAACAUGCCACAUAACAGCAAUCAUACGCAACAACAACAACAACAACCUGGUGCCCAUGAAACUUCCAAUUCGACUAAUGCACAACACUACCCUGACGACAGCGACGAUGAUUCUGAUGCCCAUGAAACUUCCAAUUCGACUAAUGCACAACACUACCCUGACGACAGCGACGAUGAUUCUGAUGACAAUAGCCAUGGCUUGUUACAGCCACAAACCAUAUUGAAUGGUAAUCAAAAUAAUCACUACGAUGGCGCACCUUCAACUUCCACCGCAGCGGCAACGCAUCGCAGUUCUAAUUCGGGGCAUAGCAAUCAACAACAGGGCAUGUUUCCUGCCAACGCCGACUUCCUUUUUCAACUUUAUCAUCAAUUGCCUCAUCAACAACAGUCGCCUACAACGCCACAACAACCGACACAUCUCAACAAAUUCCAAGUACCACAAAAUCCUGCACCACCGCGUAGCUCUGAACAUCUGCUGGGUGAAUUGGUAACAACAGAAUUGCUAAAAAUGACAAAAGAAAGACGUAAAACCGUUCAGAAACGUAUAUUGGAAAUACUCUUUUUCGACGACUAAAAUGGUUGUUGAAUAAGUCAGUUGUAAGAAAGUGAUGCAUACUUGCAUCAGGCUACAUUUUGCCAUCUCUAAACCAGAGUUAGCGUAAAAAUGUAUAUACAUUCCAUGCAUCACCUAAAUUUAAAUUAUUAUCAGUACAUAUAUAUACAAUAUAUAUUUACUAACUAAGGUUAUUUUAAUGUGUCAAAGUUUUCCUUCGUAGAGCAUCAUCUGAAUUUAUGUUUUAAUUUAUUUUCUAUUGUAUUUAUUUAAUUUAUUGGUCGCCGUACGGCUUCAUCACUAUUCUGCUCUAGUCAGUCUACGUAAACUUUGCUUUAGAACAAUUAAAACUUGCUUAUUUGUGUCCUUAAACAAUUUAUUCUUGUAACAAUUUUAUUUUUAUUUUUCUUAGUAUACUAUACAACUCUUAUAUAUAUAUAUAUAUAUGUUUUCGAUUCGGUGGAAAAAUAUAUUCAUGAGUUUUUAAGGAGAUUUUUUAAAGUACGUACUGUAUGUAUUUUUAUAUAACUCUAGGUAUUGCACCUUUUACAAUGUAGUGAUACACAGCUGAACUGUGUAUCAACUUAAUGUAUAUUAAGUUUAAAAAAAAUUAAUAUGCUAAAAAUAAACCUAUUAAACUCGCUUGUAGAUAUACAGAUAAAUAAAGAGAUGUAAAACUGAAAAAAAAAUUAUCU